AGCGCAAAUGGUUAUUGCAGCUCUGUGUAGCUUAGCCACAGCAUCGCUGGGGUUAUCUGCGUGACGCUGCCAUUCGGUCCAGUUCGUGAUUGCAAUGGUCGCCAAGUUUGUCGGAUACUGGGACUGGAUGGAGGCGGUUCACAGCUCUAUCAUCUCUCCUAGCGACCCCAUCAGCUCCACGCAGACUCCCCAGGGUGACGUCCCCAUCGCCUCGUCGUCUUGCUUCAAUCAUCGGAGUCAGUUAUGCAAGACGCCGUGCCAUUAUGAGACAUGAUUUGGAGGUCGUGUGUUGGCACCUGCGUCUGCGUCAUGCGUGUGGUCGGUUCCUCGGUGGCGGUGCGCCGCCCGCCCCGGGGACCGGGUGCGCCCGCCCGGGGGCCGUCAGACAGGGACCGACUGUCGGCCCGAGCGGCGCACCCCACACCGGCCGACGGACAGAGAGAGAUGCAGGGGGCGCCGGGGCCGCUGCUGCUGCCGCUGCUCGUCCUGCUGCUCGCGCUGCUGGUGGCAGGUGUGCGCGGUAAGAAGUGCGGCACCACCGACCUGCGCUGCAGCCAGAUCUGCUCGGGCACCGGCAAUGCGGCCACCUGCUCCUGCCUGCCCGGCUGGCGGCUCGAGGACGACAAACAAAAGUGCACCGUCGCGACCACUGCGCUCUGCUAUGAAGUGCGCUCCGACUUUUUCGUCCAGCAUCCGGCGGAGGCGAGUCGUAACCAGUCCGAGCUCUCCUGUCAGGAGUUCUGCAGCAAGAGGAAGGCACACUACAGCGCCCUGGGACGGAUGGGCUGUCGUUGCCUUGAGUUUUUCGAGGUGGUCGGCUCGCUGGGCGCGCUGACCUAUCAGCCGGCUAUGUGCGACGGCACCCACCCGAUCGCCUGGUCCGUCAAAUACCUGGCCGACCCGGCGGUGGCCGAGCACUUCAACAGUCCCGACCGCCGCCUGCCGGCCGACCUCUACAGCAUCACGCACGAUCUGGACAGCCUGCGCGGCGACUCGACCAUGGGCCGCCGGCGCGAGAUGAUGCAGCACGGCCUGAGCCACCACCACGGUCACACGGGCGCCGGCGGCCGCACCGCCGGCCGGCCGCCAGUCGCCGCCCUCCUGGCCGCCACGCUGGGCACCCUGGCACUGACCGCCGUCCGGCUUUGAGACGCCCGACCGCGCAGCAGGGUCCUGACGGGAUCCCGGCAACCCACCACCCGGGCAGAGUACGGGCGGGUCCAGCCUCCCGCCGGCCGCUGGCUGCUGACCGGGUCUGGUAGGAUUGGCCAGUUUGUGUGGCCGGGGAUCUCGCCCAGUCGCUGUCCUCUUUUCCCCACUUCCGACGCUGUCGCCGCCGGCGCUGGAAGGUGAACACUAGCUGGUGGCUUCUUUCUGUCCACCGGUGUGCGGAGCUUACUAUCGAUGUCGCUAAAAAUGUCGAAAACAGUUACUAUUACGGUGUUGCGGGGAUUGUGCAAGUGUUUUCACUUUUCUCCUUCCUUUCAACAUCGUUGCUUUGUAUUACAACAAGCUCAAUGGCGGCUUAUGGGACCAUUUUACUCGCUUCGCAUAAUUCUGUCAACCAUGCUCCAAAUUGCUGUAGUUUAAAGACAUUGAUGUUCCCCAAGAUGCACCUUGAUGUUUUAUUGAUCGCAUACGGCAUAUCCAGUCCUUAAACAUCGAUCUUUAAUAAUGUAUUAUUUGAAACGAACCCUUGCUCCUAUACAAGUUUGUUUGAGCUCCCUUCCCCUUACCCGCCGCUCUUCCAAUUUUUACCGCUCUCCCGGCCGAAUCAGCCCAAUGUUGUGUUGGUUUGACCGUGUGACUUUCAGAGAAGAAGCUACUCGUACAUACCGAUAUAUGUAGGUAUAGGCUUUAGGGAAGCAGUUGGAGCCUGGAGGCGAGUCAGUCUUGCGAACACACAGCCACUGCAUCUAUUUUAUGUCUUCUAGCUGCCAUAGAUUACUGUAUGUACCGUUUAUUUAUCUAUAUACAUCCGCAUAAUUGUCGUAGUACCUAUUUCAGCAAUUGUAUGCAGCUAAUAAAAAGGAUAUAUGGUCGAUACGGUCAUUGUUACUUGUGCCCGCUGAAGAAUAUUUAUGGUGAAAUCGAAUAGGUAUUUUUGAAUGGUCGAUGUAAUAAGCGUUUCAAUGUAACGUGAUAAAUGUUGAUACACGUACGCAUUGUCAUUCAUUAAUUUUCUAAAAGUUUUGUGUUUGGCACCAUUGCAGAGAAUUUGAUGUGCUCUGGCUCAGUAUAUCGAUCGAUAUUUUGCUCCCGGCAACCGAAUUCUGUAAUUUUUAUUUGUCCUAUCAUUGGAGCUUAUAAAUACAGUCGAUGUCCUA